AUGAUAAAAAAACCUCGAGAACAAAAGUCUUCUGGUUGGGGCGACUGGCUUGGAUGGUCGGCAUGUGUUGGGCAAAUUGAUGGAACAGUACAGAGAAGAAGUCGAGAAUGCUUAAGUGAAACGUGUCAGGGUAAACGUGAGGAAACACGGCACUGCAACCGAUAUUCGACUAAUCCUCAGACUCCCGACGCAGAUGCACCUAUCGAAUCUCAAUGGGGACAAUGGGGCGCUUACGGGCCCUCGCAUCUUGCGGUGGAGGUUUUCAAACUCGAACAAGAUUAUGCUAUGAACAUUGCCCUGGUUGUGCCUGCGAUGGACCAUCAGCUGAACAAAGACCAUGCAACACGCAAAGUUGUUGCACAUGGACGGCAUGGACCUCCUGGAGUCAAUGUACUGUUACCUGUGGUGAUACGGGUUAUAUUUACCGAACAAGACAGUGUACAUGCCAAGAAUGUCCCGAAGGACAUUCAAGUGAGCAAACCGGAUGUCAGACGAUUGUUCCGUGUAACAUCAGAAGGCGAAUAUGCACAUUUCAGCUGUUUCGAGGAUUUCCGUUGA